AUGGAGAUUGGUGGUGGCAAUUACGUCGGUACUGGUUCCACAGGUGUUGGGUUUGGUGGAUUGGAAGGUGUCAACACAGGGAUGCUAGGAGAAGGUGUUGGUUUUGGUGGAUUUGAAGGUGUCAACACAGGGAUGCUAGGAGAAGGUGUUGGUUUUGGUGGAUUUGAAGGUGUGAACACAGGAAUGCUAGGAUAUGGUUUUCGUUUUGGUUUUGGUGGAUUUGAAGGUUUCAACACAGGAAUGCUAGGAGAAGGUGUUGGUUUUGGUGGAUUGGAAGGUGUCAACACAGGAACGCUAGGAGAAGGUGUUGGUUUUGGUGGAUUGGAAGGUGUCAUUACAGGAAUGCUAGGAGCUGGUUUUGGUUUCGGUGGACGUGAAGGUGUGGGCGGUGUUUCAGCUGGGGAUGGCGAUGUUGGUGCUGAUGUAGGUGGUGUGGGAGUUAGUUUAGGUGGCAAAGGAGGCCAUUUAGGUUUCGGCAACGGAGACAAAUCCUUAGCAUGGUGA